AUGAGCUCGUACUUUGUAAACUCGUUCUCAGGGCGCUACCCAAAUGGCUCCGACUAUCAGUUACUAAAUUAUGGGACUAACGGCGCAGUGAGCGGCUCCUUCAGAGACCCUGGCACCAUGCAUUCCGGGUCCUUCGGCUACAACUACAAUGGCAUGGACCUAACCGUGAACCGAGCCACAUCCGGCGGCGGAGGCGGAGGAGCGGGCGGUGGCGGCGGAGGACACUUCGGGGCGGACGCCCGGGGCUUCGGUUACCGCCAGACGCCCAAUUGCUCGCUGUCGUCCCCGGAGUCGGUGCAAGCUCCGCCGCCGCCGCCUUCCUGCGACCCCCGGGAGGUGAAGAGCCCCUCUCCGGCGUGCGAGCGGAGCGCCACCUCGUCGGCCAACAAGAGCGCAAACAACGGCGGAUUCACGGACAUCGAGGACCCAACCGCCGUCGCUUCGGAGACCGACGAGCGCGGUUCGAGCUCGGGCUCGGGCGCCGCUCAACGGGCGCAGGAUUCCAGCCUGGCUACUUCAUCCGCCCCCGCUUCCAACGAAUGCCACGCGCCCCAAAUCUUCCCAUGGAUGAGGAAGCUGCACAUCAGCCACGAUAUGACCGGGCCGGAUGGCAAGCGCGCCCGCACCGCCUACACCCGCUACCAGACGCUGGAGCUGGAGAAGGAGUUCCACUUCAACCGCUACCUGACGCGGCGGAGGCGGAUAGAGAUCGCGCACGCGCUGUGUCUUUCCGAGAGACAGAUCAAAAUCUGGUUCCAGAACCGCAGGAUGAAGUGGAAGAAGGACAAUAAGCUGAAAAGCAUGAGCCUGGUGACGGGCGCCAGCGCCUUCCACAACUGA